AUGAUUCAAGACGAAACCCGGAAGGGUCCUUGGACAGAACAGGAGGACAUCCUCCUGAACAACUUUGUGCACUUGUUUGGAGAUCGACGAUGGGAUUUUAUUGCUAAAGUUUCAGGUUUGAACAGAACAGGAAAGAGUUGCAGGUUGCGAUGGGUUAACUAUCUCCAUCCUGGACUCAAGAGGGGAAAGAUGACCCCUCAAGAAGAGAAACUUGUGGUGGAACUUCACGCCAAAUGGGGAAACAGAUGGUCAAGAAUUGCUCGCAAAUUACCAGGGCGAACUGACAACGAGAUCAAGAACUACUGGAGGACUCAUAUGAGGAAGAAGGCUCAAGAGAGGAAAAGGGCUGCUACUAUGUCUUCUCCAUCAUCGUCAUCAUCAUCAUCUUAUCGGUCCUCUUCUUCCAACACUACUGCUGUGUACUCGUCACCUUUCCCAGAGGCUGGAGAAGAGCAGCCUAGCUUCUACGACACUGGAGGGAACCAAGUGGCAGCGGCAGUAGCUACAACUGGCAAAACUAACGAUCUAAUGCAGGUAGGUGACAAAGGAUACUCUAUGGAUGACAUAUGGAAAGACAUCGAGGGCACAAUAUUUGAACCAGUAGUUUCUGAAGGCUUAAUUGAAGAAGGCUGCAAUUUCUCUGGCACGCCUUCAAUGGUUUCUACUGACUGGGACUACUGCACUACUGACACACUCUGGAAGCUGGAUGAUGAAGAGGAGAGUAAAAUGUUUCUUCCCUAUGACUAUGGAACCGCGUUUUUAACUGGCUAG